GUACUUAAUGCAAAAUUCAAUCAAUUCGGUAGGCAACAAGCGACAGCUGCGAUUCCGUGGCGAUGUCAGUGCCAGCUGUCGCGUGGAGGAGCUCCAUCAGCUCCAAGAAGAGAAUAGACAACAGAAACCAAAGCAGUUGCCGCUCUCCCAGGAUGACGUUGCAGCGGCGACGGCGUCGUCGGCGGCCCAGCAGCGACUCCAAAGUGGACCCACAGAGACCGGUACGACAACCUUUCUGGACUUUUUCAAAGUGGAAAUGACACGCGGCUACAUGCUGGAACACGACGAGGAACGGUAUUCGGCUCGACGCCAGAAGAUCUACAGUUUCAUGAGGAUACCGCGCGACCUGGAACGCUUCAUGAUCUAUGGGAUAAUGCAGUGUGCCGAUUCCUUUUUCUACAUACACACAUUUCUGCCCGUCCGCUUCCUGUUGGCGGUCUGGGCUUUGGUCACAAGGACAGCGGCACGGAUUUGCCGGCUACGCAGCAGCGGACAGCGUCUAUUGUCACCCGCCGAGAUCUGUGAUCUGCUGAAGGGUGCCAUCUGGAUAGCAGUGACGCUAAUCAUGCUGCUCGUGGACACGAAUCGAGUGUAUCACAUCAUUAAAUCGCAAUCGAUUAUCAAACUGUAUAUAUUCUACAAUAUGCUGGAGGUGGGCGAUCGUCUGCUGUCGGCCUUUGGCCAGGAUACCAUGGAUUCGCUUUUCUGGACGGCAACUGAACCAAAGAACUCCAAGCGGGAACACUUUGGUGCCUUCACGCAUGUUCUAUUGACCCUCGCCUAUGUGCUUCUGCACAGCGUUCUAAUCAUGUUUCAGGCCACCUGCCUGAAUGUGGCUCUCAAUUCGAACAACAAGGGCCUGCUGACCAUUAUGAUAUCGAAUAAUUUUGUGGAGCUCAAGGGUUCGGUUUUCAAAAAGUUCGACAAGAACAAUCUCUUCCAAUUGACGUGCAGCGAUGUCCGGGAGCGUUUCCAUCUAUCCGUUCUACUGUUUAUCGUGAUUAUUCAGACCAUGAAGGAGUUCGACUGGAGCUUCACGCAGUUCUAUGUGAUGGUGCCCGACUGCAUAGCGGUGCUCUUCACGGAGAUACUCAUUGACUGGGUGAAGCAUGCCUUUAUCACGCGUUUCAACGAGCUGCCCGAGGGCAUAUAUCGCGAGUAUACGACAAGUCUCGCGUAUGACAUGACCCAGACGAGGCAGAAGCACGCCUUCUCGGACCACUCGGACUUGGUGGCACGCCGCAUGGGCUUCAUACCAUUCCCGUUGUCUGUGGUGCUCAUCAAGGCCAUCUACACGGCCGUAUCGUUUCACAAUCUGGCUGCAUGGCUGCUCUUCCUGCUGGCCUAUCUGUUUGCCCUGGGCCUGAGGAUCUGCCUCACGAUCUGUGCCCUGGGCAAGGCCUGCAAACUGAUGAAGGAGCAUCAAACGGAACGCAAUAGUUCCACGCCAAGCAGUAUGACUAAUAUGCCUUUUGUUGGCGGUGCAGCCAGCGGCAAUUCUGUGACUGGACAGCCAUUCCAUCACCCUCAUUCGAAUCACAAUAACAACAACAACAACAGCACUGCUACCAAGCCGCCAGCGUCAGCCAACGCGACGACAAGCGUCAUUACGUUGACCCCACCAAAUGCUGCCACACAUCCGCACGACAUGAGCCUUAAUUUCUCGCGUUCAUCGGUGCAGUCCACGUCCACACCCAAGAAGGCCGUCAGCGAGGAGGAGCUGGAUGUUACCAACUCACUGGAGCUGGGGGCCACAGCUCUCUUCUCCAACAGCGAUGUUGAUCUGGACGAUGUGUGCCUCAACGAGCAAGUGACCAACACCAAUGCCGGUUCUGCCGUCCAGGAAGUCUACCAGGAGCAGGAUCUGGCACGCAGCCAGCCGGAUAUGCAGCAGCUGAACGAUUCUGGAUCGUCCGGCGAUGCCAGCAGCGCAAUGGCCACCAAGCAGGCGGCCAAGCGUCCGCCCAAGCGCACACACAAACGCUCCGAAUCGGAGCCGCUCAUCCCGAGUCUGGCCGACAAGACGGGCGCUUCUGGGGGGAUGGCUGGCAGCAAUCAAACGACACAGCUCUAGCCAUAAAUCGAUGCUAAAUUAUUAACUUUUGAUUUUAUCGUGUGUUAAUUGCGUUUUUGAUUUUUUUUUUUAAACAAUUUAGUUGCCGUUUUGUAAUAGAAUACGUAAGGAUAAGAGAAAUGGAUUUAGUUAUAGUUUUAUUAGGGAAAAUAUGAUUGAAUAUGAUUGAAAUAUGAUUUGUUCCCUAAACCA